AUGGAAAUGGGAGCCGCUGUUGAACCGAGGCAAAUGAGGCAAACGAGGGAUCAUCAUUUGCCUCGGAAAAGGCGCUUUGCUCCAAGGUCCAGGGUAGGCUGCGUUACCUGUCGCCAUCGGAGGAAGCGCUGCGUCGGAGCCGUGGGACAGGGGGAGUGCGAUGCCUGUCAACGACUCAACCUCGAGUGUGUUUGGGAUGCGCGAAAGCGACUGUCGGAUACAGAUUCCGCGAGAUCUGUAACACCGCCUUUAUCAGCCUUGCAAGCUCCGAGGAGGACGAGGUCAAGGGCUCGGCCAACGACAGCUGCAGGGAAUGACAUACAAAUGUCACCAGUUCCAUCACCAACAGCAUUAGGCCAUCUCGAGUUUAACAACGAAGACCAGCGCAUCCUCAUGUCCUAUUACAUCCAUGCAUUUGUCCCCAAUAUCUCAGUCGCCAGCAUCCCGUCCAACUUCCUCACCUCUGUCUACGUCCCCAUGGCCUUCCACUGCGAAGCUGUGAGGGAUGGUCUUCUGGCCUGCGCUUCCGCCCACCUAUCCCAGGCUGCUUCUGACCAAACCCGCCAAACCCGCCUCCUGGAGCUCUCUUCAAAAUACCAGAUGAAGUGCCACAAGUUCCUCCAGGAAAGGCUCUCACCGUCGGGGCACCUACAACAAGAUAUACUCGAAUCCAUAGCCAUCAUCAUGAUGCUGGUGGGACUCGAGGUGCAAAACGGUGCCCGAACAUCGACCUGGAUUGACCAACUGAACUGUGUUCGCAACAUUGUUCGACAGCGCGGCGGGAGGGCUGCAUUCUGCCGCAGUUCCUGGGAAGCAGACUGUCUCUACCAGCAUUUUCUCUACCAUGACGUGAUGAGUCUCGUAAUGGCAGGAGUUUCGGGAAAAGAGACAGAGUACGAUGACGGUUUCGAGGAGGCUGUCAUUUCUCCUUCACCAAGUCUCCCUGUAGAGACGAAAAUGCCCUGGGACAAGUUUAUUUCCGGGGAUGAUGCUCAGCCGUCGUAUCCCGAGACAGAAUUUCCCAUUGCCCACGACGUCUUUGAUUCGGUCCAUCCACUGCUCGGCGUAUCCACGAAUUUGUUUCUCGUCUUUCAGAAAAUCAGGCACGUCCCACACAUGGAUCUAACAGCUGAACCUGAUCUGUUAUUUCUGGACCUCGAACAUAAAUUAUCCUCGAUGCAAUUCUGCCCAAACACAGCUGUCGAGGAAGGCUCCUUUAUUGACACAAGCAAUCACCCCGACCUUCUUAUCCUCGCUGAAACUAUCCGUCUCGUGGCCCUCAUGAUUCUUUAUCGACGCUCAGCAGCACAUGUCCAUCAUUUACCGGUACUCGCUCGGCGCCUUCUCGACCUCGCUGACCAGAUACCUUCUGGAAGCCUUGUUGAAGUUGGACUGACAUGUCCACUGUUCCUUGCCGGGACCCAACUGAGCUCCGAGGCUGAUAUUUUCCAGUGCGCCACGAGGUUACUCAGAAUACGUAAGAGAGUCAAGGUUAUGAACAUUCUGUCGGCUGAAAAGGUGCUAGAAGAGGUCUGGCGAGAGAGGUUAAAUGGCGGUAUUCUCUGGGAUUGGGAACAUGUGCUUCGGAAGCGGCAAUGGGUAAUCAAUUUAGCUUAAACGCAGUUGGCUGUGCCAUCAUAAAUGGUGCCGCCAUGUGUCACUCACUAUUUGCAGAAGUGUGGAGGUCUAGGAGGCAUAACCCAAAUAUGGUGUUUCUUAGUAGAUUCUAUAGGAGGCAACCGAAAAGCCCCGUUUCAUCUCCCGAUCGCGAGAGCUCUAGAGUGUUAUCUUGAAGGUGUAUUAUAUAGAGUAGCUGUUAUAUAACACACCGGAUAUACCACCGAUGCCGUUAGCCAG